AUGGCUCUUAUUACGGCCGUGCCUCGCUCCCGCCGCGCUGACACCGCCGGGCUGAGCGCGGAGUCGCCUCCGCCAACGGAAGCGCACUUCCGUUAUCUGCGCGCCCGUACCCCCUCCUCAGCUCGCUCUCUCUGGAUGUUUAAGGCGAGGAUGAACAAACAGGUCCAGCCCGAGCGCAAAGUGUCGGUGGUGGCCCCCUUGCCGGACCGCGCGGGGCCGCCGCCGCCGCCGAAGAAGGACGUGGAGCUGAUCCUGGUGAAGGAGCACAACGGGGUGCAGUACACCAGCAGCAGCCUCCUGCCCGCCGCCCCCGCGCCGCGGGGCACCCAGGACAGGGAGACCUGGGGCAAGAAGAUCGACUUCCUCCUCUCCGUCAUCGGCUUCGCCGUGGACCUGGCCAACGUCUGGCGAUUUCCAUACCUCUGCUACAAAAAUGGAGGGGGUGCUUUUCUUAUUCCCUACAUCCUCUUCUUAAUCAUUGCUGGAAUGCCCCUGUUCUAUAUGGAAUUAGCACUGGGACAAUAUAACCGAGAAGGGGCUGCCACUGUUUGGAAAAUCUGUCCAGUUUUCAAAGGUGUAGGCUAUGCAGUGAUACUCAUAGCUCUUUACGUGGGUUUCUACUACAACGUUAUCAUAGCUUGGUCUCUGUAUUAUCUAUUUUCAUCAUUCACAUUUGAGCUCCCUUGGACAAACUGCCACAACAGCUGGAACAGCCCAAACUGUACAGAUCCAAAACUCUUCAAUGCAUCAGUGCUUGGCAAUGGUACUAAAUACUCCAAGUACAAGCUCACUCCUGCAGCUGAAUUUUAUGAGCGAGGAGUUCUGCACCUGCACGAGAGCCGUGGGAUCCAUGACCUUGGCUUGCCUCGCUGGCAACUUGCCCUCUGCCUCUUGGUGGUGGUAAUCAUUCUUUUCUUUAGUCUGUGGAAAGGCGUGAAGACUUCAGGAAAGGUUGUUUGGAUAACAGCCACUUUGCCUUAUGUUGUAUUAUUUGUCUUAUUAAUACAUGGAAUAACCCUGCCUGGUGCAUACAAUGGAAUAAAUGCAUACCUGCAUAUAGAUUUCAGAAGAUUAAAAGAAGCCACAGUAUGGAUUGAUGCAGCUACUCAGAUAUUUUACUCCUUAGGAGCUGGGUUUGGUGUUUUAAUUGCAUUUGCCAGUUACAAUAAGUUCGACAACAACUGCUACAGGGAUGCUUUGCUGACUAGCACCAUUAACUGUGUCACAAGCUUCAUCUCAGGAUUUGCAAUUUUCUCCAUAUUGGGCUACAUGGCUCAUGAGCACAAAGUUAAAAUUGAGGAUGUAGCUACUGAAGGAGCUGGUUUAGUUUUCAUCCUGUACCCAGAGGCAAUUUCAACUCUUUCAGGAUCUACAUUUUGGGCUGUGGUGUUCUUCAUCAUGCUCCUUACACUUGGUAUCGACAGUUCUAUGGGUGGGAUGGAGGCUGUCAUCACUGGCUUGGCAGAUGAUUUCCACCUUCUGAAGCAGCACAGAAAGCUUUUCACCUUUGGUGUUUCUUUUGGCACUUUCCUACUUGGUCUUUUUUGCAUUACCAAUGGUGGAAUUUAUGUGCUCACACUUCUGGACACAUUUGCAGCUGGGACUUCAAUAUUGUUUGCAGUUCUAAUGGAGGCAAUUGGAGUUUCCUGGUUUUAUGGUGUGGAUAGAUUCAGUGAAGACAUCCAACAAAUGAUGGGUUUCAAACCAGGCCUCUACUGGAGACUGUGCUGGAAAUUUGUUAGUCCUGCUUUUUUAUUGUUUGUUGUGAUAGUCAGCAUAAUAAAUUUCAAACCUCUGACCUAUGAUGACUACACCUUCCCUCCAUGGGCAAACCGCAUUGGCUGGGGAAUAGCUUUAUCCUCCAUGAUCCUUGUGCCUGCCUAUAUCAUCUAUAAAUUUAUGAAUGUGCGUGGGACCUUUAAAGAAAGACUAGCUUACUGCAUCACGCCUGAAAACGAGCACCAACUCGUGGCCCAAGGAAAUGUCAGGCAGUUUAAGCUCCAACACUGGCUAGCAAUAUGACAACCAACAGAUCAAGGAAAAAGCCCACAUUCAGCUAAACUGAGAAUAAAGAAAAGUCAAGUUCAAAGCUCCCUCACUUAUGCUUGGGCCAGGCUGGCCCAGAGUUUAUCUACUGACUCCAUGAGGGAAGACAUCUGCUCUCUGUUGUCAAUGCCUCCCUUCUAUUACUUGGCUUCAAAUGAUCUUUAAAGACUCCGUUUAAGUUUUAUUGCAUCCUUUGGUGCCAUGAGAUCCCUACAUGACCAAAACUUGUGAGUUUUGCUAUAGGCAGAAGUGGAGGAGGGAGGAGCAGAGGAAAAGAACAAUCAGCAAAAAUUAAGUGCUUUUUUAUUGUGAAGACGUGAAUUAAACUUUUCUGACAGUAAUAACUUCUUCAGAUAUUAAUGCCACAAUCUAUUUUAAACCAACACCACCUGAGUGCUGUCAGAUCUAAGGAAAGAAUACACCUCAGUUAUGACAAAAGAGCAAUUUUAACUAUGUCCUCAUGUCAUUAGCUUUCUUGCCAUACUGUCCUUUGGGAUGCAAGUUUGCAUCCUUCUGAAGUGAAGACUCAGUGCUUCAUUUUCAGUGGUUUGUUAUUAGUUCGUUCUCUUGGUGAAGAACAUUGUCUUUGCUGUACAUAUCUAUGCCAUUUUCUGACCAGUUUAAUUACACUGAAACUGAAGAGCAGCAGGAAGAGAAUUCCUGUUAGGUUACUAGUGUAGAACACAGCUUAAUAUCACAGUGUACUUCUUGAAAGAGAUAUUCCCUUAUAUCAACAAUUUGAAUGGCUUUAUCAUAUGAUCCACACUCUGCAGACUUUUCCAGCUAAACAUGAAAGUUACAUCCAAAUAGACAGACUCUCAUAUUUUUGUUGUAUUUUGUUCCAAAUAAAGAGUGUAAAAUACUUAAGUGAUAAUUUAAAAAAAUAUAUAAUUACCAAGUGGCACAAAAAACCAAAUUCACAAAUUACCCUGCUGUGAACAUAUUAUAAUUUAACCAGGAUUCACCUACCAAAACAUAGUUAGAUUUUGUUGAUUAACUUAAUUAUAUUUUAGGCACAAUCAGCUCUCUAAACCUAUUCCCACUCUGUUCUCUAGUAGUAUUAUGCAAAGUAGAAGAUACAGAACAAACUCUGCUUUUGGGUGCUGUUCUUACUCUGUGGUCACUUGUCACUGUAGUACCUUUCAAGUGAUCACUACAUUCAGUAGCUUUGAAUUAGUUCUUGUGAUUAUUUAUCACUAGGUCUACAGUAAUUUUCUGAGGCAGUAGCUUCUCCGCUGGAUCCAACACAGUUUACCUCUGGGCAUUACCUCUGGUGUUUUUUGUCUAUACAUUCAGUUGAGCUUGUCUUUUAAAUGUAUGUAGUGCUUCCUCUUUUUUAAAAAAAGACCUUUUCAAUGGAUCUUCUUUUUUAUUUAUGAAACAAUUUUUGUUGAGUUGUUUUCUUUUUUAAAAUAGCCAAGUUUUAAAGUGCCAAGUGCUUUUGGGCUUUUUCUAUUUAACAUUGAUUUCUGUUCAAAAUAAUGAAAGGGAAAUUUCUCCCCUUAUUCAUUCUUUUCCUCCAAAUAUUCAAUACUUCAGAGCAAAUCAAGUGUUGUCCUUCUCUUGAAGAGUCUCUGUGACAAACAGUUUUAUUUAAAUAGGGAUUUGAACCCAAAGAAUACUUUCUUCUAAUUAUAAAGGAAGUUUUAUUUUCUGGCCCCGGUGAUGGCCAACAGCUGCUUAAACCUCAUUAUUAAAUAUAUUUCAAUAAUAAAGGAAUUCCAAAUGUUGCAGUUCUAAUGCUGUAAUUACACAAGAGGCUAAAUAGUGAAAACAUAUUGAAGGCUUUGAAAAAAUCAUCCCACCAACUUCUCAGUUAAUCUCAUUUUUAUUGCUUGCCAAACGUCAUGAGAAUCUUUCCAUUGUUUUAAAGCCUACUUUUCAACAAUACAGCUGCUUCAGUCACUGUCUUGGCAUGGCUCAAAAGCUUCUUAGCAUAGAUGCAACUACCAAGUUUAGAAACUUCUAGGGGCUGUUUAACAUGGAGCUUUAAUAGGUUGUCACUUUACACACUGUUUGGUUGGUUCAUGAUUGGAAAUGCUAAAAACCUCCACCAAUGUUCAGUUGUGGAGUCCAUCAGCACCAUCCCUACAGCACAACCCAUGUAGGAAAAGUUACAUUUCCUCACUGCUCUGCUCUGAUAUAGAAGCAAAGCUACCAUCCAUGGGAAUACAUCAGCUUUAGCCAGCGUGUUUGAGUUUGAUUGUAUUCUUAAUAUGGACUCCUAAGGCAAUUACCCACUGCAUUAUUUUUAUUUCUGUUACUGUGUAACUUCUUGGGUUUAAUAUAGUAUUUAUAGCUCAGGACUACAUUGCACUAUUGCCACCUUUUUCUGAGGUUUUCUAGGUAAAGAACUUGCAAUCUAUACUGAAGUCAAAAGUCUUACCAAAGGAAUUAGGGAUCUUAUUACCAGAACUAGCCUGAAUGAAAAUAUCAAUACACACUGCAUGACUGCAUAGGCAGACUUUAAAUUCAAGAUAUUGCCCAAAGAAAGUCUCCCUCCAAAUAAUAUGACUUCUGUCCUAAAGACAAAUAUCUUAAAUUCUCCACAGAAUAAGAUGAUUAACUACCUCAUGCCUCUUGGAUGAUGAAUGAUGCCAUUAGACACAAACUAGCAUCUAUACAAAUGACAAAUACUUCUGUGAAGACCAGGUUAUGUUCAUUUUCUCCACUCAGUGAUAUGGUACAGACAGGCCAAUAAGAAGCCAUAACAUGGGCACCCACCUCCUCUUACCCACCUGCUUUGGGCCCCCAGGUACAUUUUCAAUAUGGAAAAUAUCAAAUGCCACAGAGAUACUCCUCUCCCUUUGGUUAAAACACCUGUACUUAAAAAACAAAACCAAAGACUCCAGUCAGGUCUUUAUCAUCCAUGUCACUGAACUGCAAGUCUUCCCCUAACUCUAUCUUGACUUUUCAGCCCAGCAGCUGACCCUUUCCCUCAGCUGCACCCAUUUCAAGAGCAAACCCUCUCUGGGGAAUGCCACUCUCCCAGAUAUCCCUGUGGAAUUGCGUGUAUAUUCUGUCUGAGUAGGCAGCCCACUUUUUAAAGAAGAAAAUUUUUGGUACAAGUUGCAGAAUCAUCUGCUUGUUAAUUAUGUUUGUUGUAACAAACCCAUGGGAAGAAUUCAGUGAAGCUGCUAAAGAGCUCAUUUGACAGUUCUAGAAAAUAUUUCCUCAAAAGCCUUUUCUUAAUCUGAUAAAGGAAGCAGCUGUCAUAUAUCAGUAUAUCUCUUCUGAUCUUUCUUUUGACCAGUGAAAAAGACCUGCCUGAUGAUGUUUCAUCAAUCCACAGAAAGUUAGUCAGCACCAAAGAGAGAGACCCUCCAUUCUCUCUUUGUACCCUUCCCUGCCAUCAUUCAGCCAGAAAAUUCUUCACAUCCUUGGAACUAUUCUAAAACUACAUUACUAAAACACCACAGAUUUAAAUUUCUGGAAGAAACAGUGGGCCUUUUAGGGCAAUAGUCCAAAAAGCACUAGUACUAUUUAUUAUUGGGCCCCUGUUUGACCAAUAUCUUUUUUAUCAGUUCUUGUGUUCAGUCAUGACCUGAGACAUACACCCUGGCAACACUUGAAAGACAUCUUACCAUAGUGAGGGAUUCUGCAGGAUAUCCAGGAUCAAACAUGAUAUUUUAAAUUUAGAAAGUAGGAGAAUUACUUGGCUGUUACUACUGAGCACAUUCCCUGACUGCACGUGCAAUGUGUUGUAUGUACUUUUCCCAAAGGAAAUUUCCUGUACUCAGUCAUUUCUUCUCAGCAAAAUACCAUUUAACUACUAUUUAAAAAGGGCAAGCCCAUUUUUUAUAUACAUUUACUUAUCAUACUAUUGUUUUGACAUCAAUUAAGUUUAUUUUGUACUGUUAAGUUGUAAGAGGCCACAUCAAAGUUAUUUUGCUGCUAAUGUCUCUUUUGCAGUUCUUUCAAUUCAUACAGGAUUAAUUAGCAGAUACUUGCUUUUAUAGGAGUAGAUAACUUUCAUUCAUAUCUUGAACUGCUUCACUAAAUUUCAUGAGGAUUUGGCAAAUGUUCAAGAAUUUCUUUCCUAAGAACCAAAUUAAAACCGUAGUUCAACAAUUUCAAAAGAGGUGAGACUUAAAGAUGCUUUAUUUGCAGUGCCACAUUAAAACAUUAAAAUGAGCCCGAAGGACCCAGACAUUGGAAAGCUAUCACAGUUCAACAAAUGACAAUACAUAACCCUACCUGCAGAAAUUGUGUGAACCUUGAGCCUCUUGGAGCAGUAAACUGGGACUUUUUUGCUCUAA